AUGUUUCGUCAAAGGACGAGCUCGCAAAAGCCCGGAGAUGAUUUGUUGGCCAAUUUCAGACAGCAGUUUCCUGAAGUGGCCACUGCAGCCACCACGGCCUCCUCAGCAACAUCCCCACCCCAGACCAUAACUGCAGGUCACACCGAAGUUUCUGUAACUUCUCAGGAAAGGGCCCAAAGUCUAAGCCAUGAAGCGUUUCGCGACCAGGACCCUACUCCUCGCGCAUCGAACGAGCCAUGGAGAUUCACGCCGUCUCUGCUGGAUCCGGGGUCAUUCUCCUUCGCCAGCUUCGCCAACCAGCCCCCCGGAUACUAUACUCCUACGCCAGGCGGGACAAACACACUGUAUCAUCCCCAGGCUGGCGACCUUCACACUCCGACCCUCAGUUUAGGCAUGGGCCUGGGAACUCCAUUGUCGAUGCCGACUUCAGGAGGCGCGAUGCAUGCUGGAACAACGUCAAUGGAGAUCCCGGGGUUCCACCCUGGCGGUUACCAUCCGCAGCAUUUUCACAAUUUUAACCCGUUUAUUCAGGCCCCGCCGCCACAGCCGUCCUUCGCUCCUUCUUCGUUUGUUCACCAAGAUACGGGAUACGAAACCAUGGACCAGGAAGGGUCUCCAAUGGACUCGGACCCUACAGACGACAGAAUUAGAUCAAUCGAUGGCAGUUUCCACGGACAGUCCCCCCCAAUGAUGUCGUUUCAAGCGAGACAAUUCGGUAUGCCAAUGUCAGUGCCUCUCCCGGCGUCGGCGGAAAAGUUUCGGUUCCAUACAGCCUUGAAUGCCCCGACGGCGAUGAUCAGGCAUGCGGAUGAGAUACCGGUGACAUACCUGAACAAGGGUCAAGCCUAUUCACUAUCGGUUGUCGAUACAAGUCCUUCUCUGCCAAUUGCCGCCGGUACAAAAUUCCGCACAUUCGUGCGCGUCUCGUUCGAAGACGAACAGCAACGUCUGAGGCCUGGGGUAUGCUGGAGUUUGUGGAAGGAAGGCCGUGGCACAAAUGAGGCCCACCAACGAGGAGGAAAGCUGCAAGCAGUCGAAUAUGUCGAGGCUGGCCAACCCGCGGAGGGUGACGACAAGAGAACACGUAUUGAACUGGAAACGUCGUCGUUUGAUGGCUUCUCGGUCAUAUGGUCGCCCGGUGUCAAUGGUGCGGUAGAGUGCAACAUUGCCGUGCGCUUCAACUUUCUUUCGACCGACUUCAGUCACUCGAAAGGGGUUAAAGGAAUACCUGUCCGACUCUGCGCAAAAACCCAUCUUCUUUCGACCGACUCUUCGUAUCUCUCCCCGCCGGAUGAGCCUCCCAAGAUUUGCUACUGCAAGGUCAAGCUGUUCCGAGACCACGGCGCUGAGCGCAAACUGUCAAACGACGUAGCACACAUUCGGAAAACUAUUGACAAACUGAAGCAGCAGAUCAGCCAGGCCGAAAGCGGAGUGAAGGACUUUGGGAAGAGAAAGAGAAGCGGGCUGUCGCAGAUGAAGUCGUCGCAACUGCAGAGACCUGGUAAAGUCCAAAAACACAAGCGGACCUGGUCCAUGUCGUCUGCCAGCUCUGCCGGAGGGGGCGCCAGACUGCCGCUUGAGGAGGACAUUCAUUUCAAGCUUCAAACUCUCCAGGACAUGUUCACCAGCACGCGCCUUGUGAGCGUCCUAUAUCUGCGUGGCGACGACUUGGACGACCCUGACCUGCAUCCAGUCGUGCUCCCCGGCGAGUCUCUUGAUCUAGCCAAGGUUGAGUCGAGGGAGAGCAAUAUAUGGCGAAGCGAACGAAGCUCAGUUGCUGGGUCAUCGCUCGUCUCGCCAUCGCCCAGCUCGCUGUCGCUCCAUUCGCAAGUCUCUAUUCCCGGGUCGAAAGCGAAAUGGCAAGACCUCCAGCGAGUGGGUUCCGGCGAAACAUCAUCUUCUCGACAAGGGUCUGAUCAGCCAACCAAGAUCAGGCAGACCGAUGAGGCUGGGAAUUUAACGGGUUGGAUCGAAGCGUUAGGCGUGGACUCGGCAUAUCGACCUCCCCCAGAAGCGGCGCCUAAACCUAUUGCCUGCUUUUACGUCGCACGCCGUGAUACCCCUGACGCAUCCCCUCGCGGAGUUCACCGGGCUAUCUACCUCAUGAAGCGAAAUCUUCGAGAGUUUAUUACUCGAAUCGCAGCUAAAUGGAACUUUGACGCAAACAAUGUUGUUCGGACAGUGCGAAUCCUACCGCGCGGGAUCGAGGUGGAAAUGGACGACGACGUCAUCCAAGCACUCCCCGAAGGUCAAGACAUGACGCUCCAGGUCGCUGAACUCAGCACAGCCUCACCCGCUACGAAGCGGGAAUGGGAAAUGGCUAUCGAUGCUCCCGGCGAACCAGAGUCUCCUCCGCCAGCUACGGCACAAAGCGGAUACGAAUUAAGAUUCACAUUUUGA